AUGUCAGAGACUCCAGAGCUUUCGCCUCGCUCGGAUGACGAUAGCAUGCUUUCAGAUGCACCUGGCCUCAACCACGUACGAGGAUCCAGCUCGUUGAGCUCGUUGGGCAUGGGAGAGAACGAGAUGGAGAAACGGUGGUCUUCUCCUUCGGAUUUGGGCUCGGAAUCGGACGGUGGCAGGGACCACGGCGGGCCGGUUUACUCGAGUGCUUCGGAACUGGAGACUCAGCUGGUUCGGCUGAAGGAAAUGAGACGAAAGAAGGUCAAGAGCUCUACGCCCGGUGUGACGGCGCUGCCGCCUGGCCUGGUGAAUCUGCUGCCGAAACAGAAGAAGAGAAUGAGACGGAAAUCAAGGAAUUCAGAUGUGUUUCUGGAAAAGUCUCAUCGGUCUGAGUUCCCUGGAAGUGGAUACACACUGACUCCAGCAGCAGGCAAGAUCUUUAGAAACUUGCUUAUUUUAGAGGAAAGCCUUCGGCAGCAGGUUAUGCAACAGCGGGCGCUUCGAAGGAAGUACUUGACGUUUCUCGCCGUGCUUUGUUCCUUAAUUGCAUCUAUUUCCCAUCAUUUGUACUUCAACGAAACAAGCGCCUCCGUGAGAGUGCCGCUUCAGCUCCUGCUUUUGGCGUUGUCCGUGACUUUGAUGCUUUAUCAUUUAUCUGGUGAGUACCAGAAGACAAUUGUGCUUCCUAGAAAGUUCCUUUCUUCCACCAAUAAAGGCUUACGUCAACUCAACUUGCGUUUGGUGAAGAUCAAAACCUCCAUGACCGACUCAACCGUCGACCUUAUACGUGAAGCUGGCCUUUUCUUGUGCACCAUGUGUCUACGAAGCUUACACACUGUGUACCCAUCGAUGAUCCAGAAUCCAAAUUCGAGACUUGAGGUGUUUUUGGUAUCAGCUCAGCUGCAGUGUCAACCACGGUUUGGCCUUACCGACGUUAAAUUGACUCUCAUGCCACGUUCCUUUAAUACUGAUAUUAGAGAAGGCUGGGAGUUGUACAGAAACGAGUUCUGGAUUAACGAAGGCGUCAGAAGAAGAGUCGCCAUGAUGGAGUUCGUUGAGGGUCCUUCUGAAGAGAAGAAGGGAGUCAAGAAAGAGCGCAGGGAACGCCGUAAGUCAAAACCUCUUCCAGCUGCAAAAGAUCUACCCAACCCACUCCAAAGCAGCCCUGCAAACUUGGACGGUAUGUUCCCGCCACAUGAACUCUCCAAAGAGAAUCUAGAGGCAUUGGGAAAGAUGGAAGUCCCAGAUAUCGACAUGGAUCAGUCAUUUUAA